AAUGGUCGUCCUUUUGGAGCAGCACGUUAGACGAACCUCGGUGCCCAGGGUAUUAAUACGAUAAUAAUAACAACAGGAGAGCGAAUGUGAAACGUAAUUCUAUUUAAAAAGAUUUUACUUCAAAUAAAUUGUGGAGCACUGUUUUUGCGGAAUGGAGCAAUCAUCGUCUAGAAGCCAGUUGAAAAAGCUGAGUGAGGACAGUUUAACAAAGCAACCAGAAGAGGUAUUUGAUGUUCUUGAGAAACUGGGUGAAGGGUCCUAUGGCAGUGUGUACAAAGCUAUACACAAGGAGUCCGGCCAAGUGGUGGCUAUUAAACAAGUUCCUGUUGAGUCUGACCUCCAGGAGAUUAUCAAAGAGAUAUCCAUCAUGCAACAGUGUGACAGCCCCUAUGUGGUGAAGUACUAUGGCAGUUAUUUUAAGAAUACAGACCUCUGGAUAGUGAUGGAAUACUGUGGAGCAGGCUCUGUGUCCGACAUCAUCCGGCUACGGAACAAAACUCUCACCGAGGACGAGAUUGCAACAAUCCUCAAAUCAACAUUGAAGGGCCUGGAGUAUCUGCAUUUUAUGAGGAAAAUCCACAGAGACAUCAAAGCUGGGAACAUCCUUCUUAACACAGAAGGCCAUGCUAAGCUGGCAGAUUUCGGAGUGGCUGGACAGCUCACGGACACCAUGGCCAAACGCAACACCGUGAUCGGCACGCCCUUCUGGAUGGCCCCGGAGGUCAUUCAGGAGAUCGGGUACAACUGCGUGGCAGAUAUAUGGUCCCUGGGCAUCUCCUCCAUUGAGAUGGCGGAGGGGAAGCCCCCAUAUGCCGACAUACACCCCAUGAGGGCUAUUUUCAUGAUUCCCACGAACCCCCCGCCGACCUUCCGGAAGCCUGAGCAGUGGACCGACGAGUUCACAGAUUUUGUGAAGAAAUGCCUGGUGAAGAACCCAGAGCAGAGAGCUACAGCCACGCAGCUGUUACAGCAUUCCUUCAUCAAGGACGCCAAGCCGGUGUCCCUUCUGCGGGACCUCAUCACCGGCGCCAUGGAAAUUAAAACCAAGCGGCACCAGGAGCAGCAGAGGGAGCUGAUGGAGGAAGAGGAGGACGAAGAGAACUCACUGGACGAGGAGGUGGAGGUUGACUCCCACACCAUGGUGAAGACGAGCUCGAGCGCCAGCACCAUGCGGGCGUCGGGCACCAUGAGCGACGGGGGCCAGACCAUGAUCGAGCACAGCAGCGCCGUGCUGGAGUCCCACCUGGGCACCAUGGUCAUCAACAGCGACGAGGAGGAGGAAGACAGCACCAUGAAGAGAAACUCCAGCUCCCAGCAGGCUCUGCGUCCCUCCUUCAUGGACUACUUUGACAAGCAGGGCUCCAAGAACAAAGUGCCUGAUGACUGUCGCCAAAAUAAGCAGGAUCCAUACCUCAUCACCAAGAACGUGUUCCCUGACAACUGGAAGCUGCCCCAAGAUGGAGAUUUUGACUUUCUGAGGAACCUGGGUCUGGAGGAGCUGCAGCUGCGUCUGAGCGCGCUGGACCCCAUGAUGGAGCGCGAGAUCGAGGAGCUCCGACAGCGCUACACCGCCAAGAGGCAGCCCAUCCUGGACGCCAUAGACGCCAAGAAGCGCCGGCAGCAGAACUUCUGAGAGUUCCACGGGGGCCCUGUCCAGCAACCUCCCCCCCCCCCGCCCUCUGCAGAGGGGACAGGUCUCAGAAAGAGGAGGGGCUUCUGUUCAUUCAUACAGACCACACCCUCUGACCUGAUCUGCUACGUCUGACCAAUCACAGGUGUGCUUCCUUUCCCCCUGGAGGCUACUGUCUGAACCCCGCCUCCCUUCCCCCAGCAGAAAGUUCUAGUGGAAAGCAACUCUCACCCCCCCCCCCCCCCCCCCCUCCAGAAGAUAGGUUGCACUGUCAGGGUCUAAAUGAUAAUAAUGAUAGUGCUGAUACAGAGAAUGUCAGUGUGGAACUGAAAAGCUCUGUAGAGGUAUAAGUUAAUGAGACACGUUCAGCCCUGUUCCUUUUAUCAUCAUCAUCGUGUGUAAUUGAUUUCUCCCUCAUCUUUAAUGAGAUUUCUCAGGCGUGAAAGUGGUCGCUCAACCCCAGGCAGUAAAGCAGACGGUACUGCAGUGCCCCGUGAGUCUGACUACCUUUCAGAACCACCUGUUUUCUCCUGGGUCUGUUCAAGGCUGCGAUACCUACGGGGAAAAGGCCUGCAGGGUGACGUGUGAUUGGCCGUAGCGUCACACAGGGGAGGGGUCAUGUCCUCAGAAUUUCGCUGGUCUCAUUGUGAUGUAAUGACUCCUCCCAUCAGUCAGACACCUGUGAUUUGCCUGCCCCAGCUGCGCGGUCCUCUGGUACUGUAGCUGCGAUAGCUUAGCUGGUGCAGCACAGGGAAGAAGCAGUUGGGUGUAUACUGCUGGUAGAUUUUGUAGGAUGUGCAUGCUAGCAGCAGUGCGGUGGGCAUAAGGUUGCAAAUGGACAUUCCAAAUUUGAGAGGCUAAUGUGGGGAGAAGUCGCUGAAAUAUUUACAUUAGAUAUGAGCUGCUGUAUGUAACACAUGCAACAGUUACCCUUAGAAUCACAGCAUUACUCACAGCCACCAUAUUUGGAAAUGUUCCGUUUCGGAAGCCAGUUCGUCUUGUUAGCACCUUCGUGGGCCCAGGGUUUUUCAGAAAAUGCAUUUUUUGUUUCUUGUGUAGGAGCUUUUCAUUAACUUGCACAUUACAGUUGCUGAAAAGCAUGACCUGUAUGCACUGUCUCGAAAGGUUUUCAAAUGUAUGCUUAUAUCUGAUGAUUUUGUUCCAUCCUAUAACGGGUCAUUUAGUCCACUGGCCAUCACUGACCCGUGUUUUAAAGCAUUUUGUUUGUACUUGAUGUCAUUCCGCAAAGUGCUAAUGGCUCCUGAUUCCUAACCCCACUCCAACCACCUAUCGCUAUACUGAAAACAGUCUUCAGUGUUAUUCAAGUGUAAAAUAGUGCCUUCAAGGAUAAUAUCUUUUGAGAGCCUUUAAAUGGUCUGCCACAUUGUUUUUUUGUCUUCUCUAUAGACUUGUAAAAUCAAGUCAUUCAUUUGAGCAAUGUAACCAGAAUUUCCAUAUCAUUUAACAAGAGUGCUUGUUUCAUUGUCUUGAUUUUUAUACUGUAUUUUCUUCUGCUAUAUUUCACAGUGUCCUUUAAUUUGCUUGGCUAAUUUUAAGAUUUAAAAAAUUUUUUUUGCCUCCAGGUGAUAAUGAUUUAUAGUAAUACAGCAACAAAACGAAUUAUUCGAAUUCACAGCUUUUGCUGUUUUCUUUUUUUUAAAAAGCUGGACAAAAUUGGAGUAAGUUGAAAGGCAGGGUGAUUGUAACUAGUCAUCUUCUGUAUUGCGUUAAUGCAUCUCUUCUUCUGAAUAGUACCUGUUGUACCUGCAGCGCUUUAGCACAUAGAUUAGCACCACUGAAACAAACCUGUCUCAACUUCUUCUGCUCAAAUAAAGUAUAUGGCCACUGAACUCACAAUAUGCUCUGGCUCCAAGUCCGGAGGAUAUUGUCCAGGCAUUGUCUUAGUCCAGAGAGGCAUGCUAGAUAAUAGCAUGUGAAGGAGAAAUGGACUCUCACUGCAGACAGGAAAUUAAAAAAUCAGUCUCAAUCUCCCGAGUGCAACUUGCUAAACUUCACAAUAUUCAUGAUUCACUUCUCGCAUGGUGCCAGUUCUGCCCUUAGGAUAAUUUUAUUUUAAUUUUUGAUGCUGCUUUUGGUUUUCAAAUCAAACAUCCUGGGACUUUUCAUAGAGGCUUCCGCACAGAGACAAGUGAUGACCAAAUAUCCUACGCUUGCGACAGGUCUAUAGCUUAGCAUUGUGUGAGGGGCUUAAUAAUUUCACCCAUAGGAGCUGAUGAAAGUUUUUUCCGCUCCCAGAUGAAGUUCAUUAGCCUUUUUUUUACUGAAAGCCAUUUGGCAGUGGAAAGGGAGGAGGAGGCAUGAGUUCUGGCUCAAGGACUCACACAUGUUCUGCACUCAUUACAAGGACUGCAGCACCAGAGGGGGACAUCAGAGACUGCAUUGUGUUGCCAGCACCAUUAGCAGUGUUAUUAUUGCCAUUCCUUCUUUGUUUGACAAUGAACUCUUUUUUUAUGCUAUGGAUACCAUGAAUUGUGGAGCUAUAUAACAUGUAGUGCAUAUUACACUGCUGAGGAUGAAGGCUAUUCUGAUGCAUUUCACUUGCCAAAAAUGUUUUAUUGUUUAUUAUGUUCCAGAGAAUACAGUUCCAUUUUCCAUUUCUUAAACCUGCUAAUGACUUGGUGCAGACAUGACAGGUUUUAGAUUGGCAGUUAUUACUGCACAGCAGUUGAUGUUGAGAAGCCUGGCUGCCUAAGAGUUUAUAGCACUCCUCAUUUGUGUGCUAAUUUUGAUUUGCUAUACAUAAACAAGCUUUGUAAAUAUUUGAAAUGAAUACGACCUCUUAUUGAAAACACUAACUUAUUUUUCAGGUGUAUUUUCCGACAAAACAAUAAAUACCUCUGCAUUAAA